AUUAAGUAGACUACAUUUGCAUUUAUUUCAUGCCAAUUUCUAAUUGUUUUAUUACAUAUUAUUUGUAGAUAUGUUGUGGCGCAACUAAAUAAUAUCCUAUAUAGUCAGUCAUCAUUUUAUAUAGUGUUAUAAAACCGCAAAGCACAUUAUGAUAAAAUGUAGGAUUAUUCAAUGAUGGGAUAUUUUAUGUAGGCUAAAUCAACGUAUGUGCAUUGGGUAUCUUGAUGCAGAGGGUAUUUUAAUUAUACUCUCUGUCUAUUCACCCUGCACAACUCGACCCUACACAACUCCAUCGUUGUGCGUCAACGUAGAGCCCACUAAUUAAGCAUCAGCUUCUCGCGAAGAACUGAGGACACCGGAAUAUAUGGCAUAGGCCUGCGGAGGGAGGGGUCUUGGUGGUGCUGGGCUACCGGAAGGCUCCGUACCGCCGCUGAAUGGAAUCUGGCUGUGUCCGAAAAGCAAUGGCUAUGGGUUUGACAUCGAAAAAGGCAUCUUCUCGGAGCGUCGGCGUGGAGCGAAAAAAUCUCAUCACCGUAUGCAGAUUCUCGGUGAAGACACUCCUGGAAAAGUACACAGCCGAGCCCAUCGAUGACUCGUCCGAGGAGUUUGUCAACUUCGCUGCAAUCUUGGAACACAUCCUCAGCCACCGCUUYAAAGGUCCAGGAAGCUGGUUCAUCUCAGAUGGCCAGCGAAGUUUCUGGGACUACAUCCGGCUGGCGUGCAGCAAGGUGCAGAACAACUGCAUCGCCAGCAUCGAAAACAUUGAGAACAUCAGCACCUCACGAGCCAAGGGUCGGGCAUGGAUCCGUGUGGCGCUGAUGGAGAAGCGUCUGUCUGAGUAUGUGGCCACAGCCCUGAGGGACACACGGACAACCAGGAGGUUCUAUGAUGACGGAGCCAUCAUACUGAGAGAGGAGGCCACUGUUCUGACAGGCAUGCUCAUUGGCCUCAGUGCCAUAGACUUCAGUUUUUGCUUGAAGGGGGAGGCGCUGGAUGGSAAGUCCCCUGCAGUGAUUGACUUCACACCUUACCUGAAGUUCACUCAGAGCUAUGACUACCUGAGUGAUGAGGAUGACCGGUGCAGUGUGGACAGCAGUGCCAGUGACGAAAGUGUCCCAGAACACCCCUACAUCCCCCUGGUCACCGAUGAGGAGAGCUGGAGGAACAAGUGUCGCAAGAUGGAGCAGAGGUUUAAGAUCGUGUACGCCCAGAAGGGCUACCUGGAGGAGCUGGUGCGUUUGCGGGAGUCUCAGCUGAAGAACGUGGAGACUGAGAACAAGAAGCUGAGUGCCAGGCUGGAGGAGCUCAGAGUCCAGAGCCUGCAGGAGAAGAAGGAGCUGGAGUCCAUCGUACUGGAGCUGCAGGCACAACUCACUGCCCUCAUCCCCCGUGAUUCCUCCCACCUGACUAAGGAUCUGUCCAUCCCUCUGGUCAACCAGUGGCCCUCCAUACGAGGCUACAACAACCAGGGGGACGUCAAGCUCUUCCGCAGGAGAAGUUUCCACAGUUUGGAGCAGCUCUCAGCUGACAUCAGUCUGAACUCUGAUUCCCAGAAGACAGAUGGGCAACAGAACGGAGAUACAGGAAAAGACUACACCCCUUCUAUGCUGGGUCUCUGUGGCUCUCUGGCCUCUCUCCCCAGCUGUAAGUCCAUGUCCAGCCUCAAGUCCAGUGAGUGUCUGGUCAACAUCAGCAUGGAACCCAGCCCUGCACUCUCCCCCAGCUAGGGGGCGCCAUGCCAACAGAGCUCUGUCUGCCCAGCGCAAACCAACCAACCCCACCCGCCUGCCUCAACCUGGAGACACUCAAUAGAUCAUGAACAUCUACCUACCUACUGUCAUUAUUAACACAGUUACCAACAAAACCCUUUCCAACCAAACCCUUCUCCAACCAACUCUACUCAACCCACAGCUUCAUGUCUGCAAAGAUUAGAGGGGGAAAAGCUCUUCAAUAUUUCUGGAUUUUUGUGUGGAUUAAAUUAAAGUUAUAAUGAAACUAAAAGGAUCCUAGUUCUUCUGUGCCCCUCACCCACACCCUCUCUCAUAUCCUCACACUGUCCAUCCUGCUCUUUCACUGUUGUGUGUGUGAAUUCCUAUGUCAAAAUGUUGGCCUGUAUUUAAUGCCUUUUGGACACAUCUAACUAGCGCAAUUCAAAGCUACAAAACUAUCCAAAAGCAUAUAUUUAUUUAUCCAUUUAAAUUCUCCUCUCCUCUAGAUCUUUUUAUCCAACUCUUUCUCUACACCUGACACAUCUGGUCRUUGUACUGUCUGUGUGUCAGUCUGUCCCAGCCCUGCCUCAGCCUAUACUAUCCGCUUGCCUGCCUGUCAAAAUGACAGACAAACUGGAAUGACGCACUUGCGAUUAAGUCAGAACACUUGGAGAAGGCUGAACUGAAUUCUAACAAAAACAUCAGCUAUUCUUAGGUGUUUGUGAGUGGAUGCAGGUUGAGUGUUGCUAACAUAGUGGCUAGAUGUGUAUUUGAUGCAUGUGGCUGAAUGAUAUUKGCAUUGUUCCUCCAUUAUACUGGGUUUUGGAUGGCCUGACUCUCCAAAUCAUUGACCUGCUUGAGUAGUCAGACAUUACUGUUUCAGUAUGUGUUCAUGUGUGCAGCAAUUGGUUAUGUCUGUCUAUCAACAGUUUUGUUGUCACUUUGCUUUUUAUAUUUUGUUGAUGAAUCUGAUUUUAUAAAUCAAGUGUUCUGUUAUUUUUACACAUGCAUAUUUGGGUAUUUUUGUUCAAUGACUUAUGCUAUUAGUUGCAAUAAACUGCCUUAUUUUUGUUAUGUCAA